AUGCCUCAGCAGCGGUCGGAGGCGACGGCCGCGGCCAGCAAAAGACGAGCAGAGACACAAUUGACAUCGAUCAGUGCAACUGUUGGAUGGGAGAAACAGCAUGACAAACUUAUUAUAGUAAGUUCACCUAGGAAUUCGAGAUGCCCAGUUAUUCAUAUGCACCUUCUGAAUCAACAGCCCUCAUCGCUUAUAAUCCAUCAAACAAUUCAAUCAUCCACUUCUGAAUCAACAGCCCUCAUCACUUAUAAUCCAACAAACAGUAAGAAGUUAUCAAGUAUCUAUCAGGCAAUUCAAUCAUCCACUUCUGAUUCAACAGCCCUCAUCGCUUAUAAUCCAUCAAACAAUUAUCAAGUAUCUAUCAGGCAAUUCACAUGCACACUUCUGAAUCGAUCGACUCUAAUCAGACUGUAAGCGCUCAUGAAGGAUCAGUCGACAAUCAACUGCAUGGGUGGAACACUAAUUCUUAUAAAUUUGCACAAGUGGUUCUUUUUGUAACUGUUUAGUCUUGCAUGCAUGUUCUUACCAGUAGUCUUACUA